CGCGCAGUGCCCCUUAAAGAGCAGGCAGCUGCGCAGACUGGGAAGUGCAGCCGCGCAAGUCACAGGAGAAUCCGCACCGCUCAGCGCUCGGACCGCCAGGAAGUGAACCAAAACAAGGACAGUACUCAACUGAGAGAGCGGCGUUACUCGCCGACUUUAAGGCCCGAGUCGACACCGGAGCCAAAGGAGAGAAAAAAGGGAAGAAAAGUGAGUGAGAAGCGCCGUCCAGUCGCCGGCGAAGCAGCAACCAUGAACAACAAAGCUCCAUACUCUCAGCAAUCAACCUAUCCACAACAGCAAAGCAGUGCUGCCAUCUACCCACCAGGCAUGCAGGUGCCUCAGGCACCCCCCUACACUGAUGCACCUCCAUCUUACUCUGAGAUCUACCAGCCAAGAUUCAUGCAUGCAUCACAGGUUCCAGGAGCAAUGCCUCAAAUGUCCUCUACCUACCCAGGCACUCAGAUGUACAUGCCUUUGGCACAGUCGGUGCCAGUGGCCCAGGUUGGCCCUAGUGUGCCUAUGGCUUACUAUCCAGUGGGGCCACUUUACCACCCAGGUUCCACCGUUCUGGUUGAAGGAGCUUAUGAUGCUGGAGCCCGAUUUGGAACUGGCAGCACCAUGUCAGUCCCACCUCCACCACCCGGAGUCCUCCCCAGUGCAGCCCAGCUUGCUGCCAUGCAGGGUGCCAAUGUGGUGAUGACACAGAGGAAGGGCAAUUUCUUCAUGGGUGGCUCAAGCGGGGGUUAUACCAUUUGGUAACGGAUAUCUCGAGAAGCUGCACGUCACAAUACUGACAUUGCCUAACGGAAUGUAAUACUUUUAGUGCCGGGAGGGUGACGUACACCACCAGUAAAUUUAAAGGGGGGGGGGGAGAGUGCAAAUUAAAAAUGGGUGGGGGGGGGGGGUGUUAGGUUUGAGCCCUGGAUUUUCCAUUUCUGACUUUAAACACGUGCUACUGUAAACACACGUUUUCUCUUUGUAACACUGUAGUCCUCCUGGACUGGUGAAGUGCAUGCUGCACGGGCAGGGAUUUCUGGGAGUUUGUUUUUUUUUUUUUACACACACCCCCCCCCCCCCCCCCCCCCCAAUCCAUUUUACACUCUUAAUCUUCUCAAGCCAGCUUGUCAGCAUUGUGUUAAAUCUCGUGGUGCUCCUUUGGCAGGUUGUUGCUUGUUGUUGGUUGUUUUUUUUAAUUUUACUCUGUACCGAGACCAUUUGCAGGACCUCUGUUGACCGUAACAUCAUUAGCCUGGCAGAAAAAUACGUGCCACUCGGCCACUUUCUUUUUUUUUUUUUUUUUUAAAUAUCCUUCUUAAUCAGCCUGUCGCUCUGCCCAGUCACUGGGAGUCAUCAGUCUGCCUUUUAUUUUUGUUGCACACGUUUGCACUUUUUUUUUUUAUUUAGGGGAAUUAUUUCUACAUCCAUCUUGUAUUGUGAAGCGUCACAUUUAACGUUAACGAUACACAUUUUUGACUUUAAAUUGUUGCCAUAUAUAAAUGAAAACUUCGAUUUUCAUUCUCUCCCAGACCCCCCAAACCCCCAGGCUGUUUCUGAGGCGGGUGUACUUGGUUUGCACAUAAAACAAAUGUACACAAGGGAUCAAGUAUACUUUUCAUUUCAUUAUUAUUAUUUUUUUUUUCUUUUCAUGGUGGUGUACUGCACCUUUUAAAGGACAACGUUUUAGAAGAAUCUUCUUGGGUGCCAAAUGUCUUGCGCACCUUUUAAUUAAACAAAAAGCAACUUUUAAUUUUCCAGAAGAGUAAUCAAGUUUAGACUGGAGUGCCAAUGCAGAGAGAGGAGGCUGCCAUUUCUUUUUUUUUUUCUUUUCUUUUAUGCUUGUGCCAGUAGGAAAGCAAGCGACCCGCGGGGAUUUGCGGCUCUACGGUGGCGUUUAAGCAAUAAACUUGGGUGUUGUGGCAUUCAUUGUCCUUUUUUUUUUUUUUUUUUUUUUUUUUUUUUUUAAGGCUCUGGUGUUUUUGUUUCAGCGUAUGAAUGAGCGACGUUUUCCUCUGAAGUUUCAUCACACCCUCGAUGGAUUCUGCCCGCGUCAAAAUUCCUAUGCAAUGCUAGAAGGGAGAGUGCCAAAAAGAUUUUGUUGCAGUCUGCGUAACAUCUGCCCAGAAUUUUAAGUCCUUCAUGAACUAGCAGAUGCCAGUUUUUAUGGUCAUUCAGCUCUUUUAACAGUCCCAAGGUUUGUCGCGUAUCAUUGUUUUAAACUGCUGUUUCCCCACAGUCCACAUUAUAUUUUGCCUUUUUAUUAUAAUUUUGUUUGGUGUAGGUAUUUAAAAAUGUUCAAGAAUCUAAAACCAUUCAAUCACUUUUUUUUUUUUUUUAAUUUGCUGUUGAACUAACUGGUCACGGUGUUCUUUGUUUAAAUGAACUCACUGUAAUGUACAUUAAUAAUCGCUUUAUCAGGAUUAUGUAAUCGUAUCCUCCAACCCUAUCACGUUAAGAAGACAGCAAUAUUUGCCACAAGGACCGUGCGCUUUUUUUUUUCUUGGCCAGCAUGCCCUGUACCCCCCUUUUUUUUAUUCCCCCUAAACCCCCCCGAUCAUCCCCCCCCCCACCCCCCCUUCAUUGCUUUGAUGCUUCACAUUCUACCCUUAACUAAUGAGGGCAGCCGGCCACCCAAACACCACUGUCCGAGAGAGAUGAGGUGGGUGACCUGUAGCUCUUUUAGGAUUGAAUAGCUGUAUGCUUGUAUUUGGCUUGUGGGGGCUGUUUUUUCUCCCCCCCCCUUUUUUUUUUUUUUAUUUCGGUUGCCAAACUUUUUAAAUUUUUUCCUUCCAAGUUUCAGAAAUGCCACCCUCCUCUCUGUGUGUGUUUUGUGUGUAAGGUGACAUGAAGAACAGGGUUUAAUGGACAUUUAUAGUUCAGGGAUUCUCUUUAAAAUAUUUUUUUUUAUAUAUAUAAAUAUAUAUAUUAAACAAUUAUUUGGAUCUGGUGAAAAUAUUUUAUCUUAAGGUUAUUGAAAAGUUGACGAGUGUUGCUCAUUUUGGUGUGUGUAAAGAUUGUUAGUAUGGGCAGAACCUCUCUUUGCAUCUAAACUGUGGUGCACUUAACUUUUUUUAUACUAAAAUAAGGUUAAAAUUUAGAAUAAAGACUAUUUUGGAAAUUUGAA